ACCAUCACCCUCACCAUCACCCUCACCCUCACUGUCACCGUCUUGCCCGCGCCGCCUUGCCCGCUCGCUCGCCUCGCCUCCACCUCCACUCCACCUUCACCUUCACCUUCACCUCACUCGCCACCUCGCACAGGCCAGAGCGGCGUCUUCACUUCUCCAAGAGACCGUCUCUCCCGCCGCGCGUAGCAUGCGCUCUUGAUCCGAUGCCCACCUUCGACUCUGGACACCCUUCCCCAGAACCUCCCGAGGAAGCGUGGCUACGCAGUGAGCCAGCUCUGCUCUCGCCAGCUUCACCUAAGCCCUUGCAUUUUCCCCAGCCGACGUCUAUUCCUGUUUUAGACAAGAUGAUGGACGUCGGAUUCAACCAGGCAGAGCCACAUAUGGACAAUGCCGCAAUGCACGACACGGAGCUGCGACCUGGAGCGUGGCGUGACCCAGCAGAGCAAUCAAACGAUGCGCCUUCGCCAUUCUCCACGGGCGGCGAUGUGGACGACUCGAAUCAGAACGAGAGCGAAACACAGAACGGCGACGACGCCUCACGUAGUAAUGAGACAGCUGCCAACGGAGGUGACGCUCCAUCUACCACUACCACCAUCUCCAAUAAUGGUGUUUCACAUAACGCAAAUGCCCAUGUCCAAGCGGAGACGACGUCUGAUGCCCCAUCUACCCACGGAGCGCGUCCAGAUGCCAGCUCCGCCACAGCUGAGCCUACGCAGCUUUCCAAUGCCUUGCAGUCCCAUGAGAUGAAGCCCGGGCAGCCGCAGUCCAUGUCUGCCCCCGACGCAAUGAACAUCCAGGCAUUACUGGACCAGUUGUCGGGUUCCAUCGCGCCCACAGCCCAUCCAACGCCCGCACACAAUGAUCACCCUGUGGAUAGCAUGCAUCGCCUGUCACAACCAGACACUGCGCCUUCACUAGCUGCAUCGUCCACGGCGCUUCCACCACGCCCACCUCCCCAAGACCAGCCGGUCAUCAAUGCAGCAUAUGUUCCGUCGCAGCACAUUCGCGAUUAUCAUCCCCAUGCCUCUGCGCCAGCAGUCCAUGCUCCCACUCAAGCGAAUGGUGUUGGUCAUGUUGGGGAUGCGCAGAGUCAGAAUUUUGUUCCGCCUACCAACGCAGCUUCCCAGCAAGCGGCACCCGGUCCAGGAGGACAGUACGCGAGUCAACGAACUCAAUUGACACCUUCCUUUUCCGCCUCCAGCCCCGUGCUUCCGCAUCAACAGUUCUCGCCUGUCAGAGUUAACAGCGUUGUCCCUGAGGAAUCGCCACUUGCAGGAACAGAAGACAGGCCAUGGACAGCAGAUACGCAACGCAAGUAUGACUACUUCGUGAACGAGGAGAGGAGAUACGUGAACGAGGCCCGAUGGGACCAGUUUCCUUCCGGCUCCCGACUGUUCGUUGGGAACCUUUCUAGCGAGAAGGUGACGAAGCGCGACAUCUUCCAUGUCUUCCACCCCUACGGAGAGAUUGCGCAAAUCUCCAUCAAGCAGGCGUACGGAUUCGUGCAGUUCCUGCGAGUCGAGGACUGUACGAGGGCCUUGAAUGCAGAGCAGGGCCGCCAGAUACGAGACAAGCGAAUUCAUCUCGAGGUCAGCAAGCCGCAGAAACCGCCCCGCGAUAAGCUACAGAACCACAGGCGUCGAUCACGCUCUCCUGCCUACGAUGACCGAGGACGGAACGACCGCAGAGGACGUGGAAGAGAUGGAAGAGACGGUGGCAGGAACAGCUACGGCGCCCGCUCGCCUUCACCACGAGACUACAACAGGGGUCAGGAUGACAGAUACCGGACCAGAUCCCGGUCGCCUGCUUACGGGAGAGAUCUCAGAAAUUGGGACAAUGGCCCACAUCGAGGACCGAAUCACGACGACCUGCCUCGCCCUCGGCGGCGGUCAAGAGACGUACCAGAUGUGCAAAUCAUUGCGCUAGAGGGACUCGAGCUCGACUUUUUGUCCUGGGUCGAGAAGGCGUUUAUUGCCCGAGGAGUGACCGUUGAUACUCUAAUGAUCAACCGACUCGACGAGGACGCUGAAAUCCAGCGUCAAAUUAUUGAGGGUGUUUUCGCCAUCUGCAAACUAAGGAGAGUGCACCAAGACACCGGCAAGAUCGGCUUGACUAUUUUCAAACGAGAAGGAGGCCUGAAAAGAGAGAUUCAAUUCGAAGAGUAUGACAAUCUGGACCCACCGAUCUGUGCGGAGCUCGUGAUGAGAGAGCGCAAUAGCUUCAAGGCCCCACCGCCCAGCCAGUGGCGCUAUCUGACACAUCCGCGACCGCUCGACGGAAGUUGCCUUUUUCAAGCUCAGCAUGGUGCUGCUGCACCUGGGGAAUAUCAGCAAAAUUACGGACAACCCACGCCGUAUAGCGCUCCUCCCACCAAUGCGCCUCCUCCAGCUUUUCCGUCCGGCUAUCCACCGGCUCGGACGGAUUCAAGCCAACUGCAGGAUUUGAUUUCGAGCUUGAGCACAGCGUCUCCUCAAGUUGCUGCUUCAAAUUCACAACUAGGAUACGCUCCGCCUCCGCAGCAUUAUCCCGUUCCACACCAAUACCAACAGCCGCCACCGGCAGCAUCGGCACCACGGAAUCAGCCACCAGCUGGAGCACCUCCCAACAUGGCAGAUAUUCUCGCACGACUGGGCAGCUAUAAGCCGCAGUAGUGACGGCGUAAGAUGGAGCGAUUAGAUGGAGCGAAAUGGCAACAUGUACUGUUUCAGCCAGUGCGAAAGGGACUGAAAUCAUCGACGGAUCACGAACGAGAGAGCAAAGAAGCCGCCGCACCAAGCGCGUGCUGAGCUUCUUGCUAUCAGUUGCAGCUCCAGUUGCGAUUGUAGAUAGCAUGAUUGUAUCAGUGCAAGGUAUAGAGCCGCAUUAUAUACAAAAGUUC